AUGGCAGUUGAUGGAACUCACAUAAAGAUAAUGGCUCCAACGAGAGAUAAACAUCUUUAUUAUAAUCGCAAAGGAUUCUCAAGUCUGAACGUUAUGAUAGUGUGCGACCACAAAAUGCAAAUACGCUACGUUAGUGCAAAAUAUCCUGGCAGUAGUCACGAUUCUCAUAUAUGGGAUUUGAGUGACAUAAAAACUAUCAGCACAACCAAUUAUCGGAGAGGAAAUGCAAAUUUAAUAUUAGGAGACAAAGGGUAUCCUCUUCAACCAUGGCUCAUAACUCCAUUUAGAGAACCAAUCACAUGCCUCAGAAAAAGAAGAUUUAAUACGUAUCAUGCUAAAGGCCGAAUAGUUGUUGAGAAAACAAUAGGUUUAUUAAAAUCAGUAUUUUGUUGCCUUUGCAGUGAACGAGGACUACAUUACGCACCAUAUAAAACAGCGCGUAUUGUUAAUUUCUGCUGUGCAUUGCAUAAUAUUCGUUUGCAUUUUAAUUCUAACGAAAAUUUUAAUGAGCCACACCUGGAUAUAUCUGAAAAUGAAUAUUCAAACAAUGAUGACAAUGAUUUAAAUGAUAUGCCUACCGACGAAGCAAAUAGAAUAAGAGAAACUUUUUUAGAUAUGUUUUAG